GCGUUACGCGGAGGGAUGUGAAAGAGUAACAGCGCCGUAGUGUUGAUAUCGUCCUACUGGACUGUUCAGGGAAGCGCCGUUAUUCCUCUACUGCUCUGUUUAUCAUAAUAAGCUACACAACUGAGCAUGGAGGCGUUAAAAUCAGCCGGGAGAGCCAUAAUAAAAAGUCCUGGAGUUCCUAGGCAUGCAUGGGGAACUGCCAAGCACGAAAAGCUUCCAGAGAACUGGACAGACACUAAGGAGACCCUGAUGGAGGGAAUGGUGUUCAACGUGAAGUACAUGGGCAUGACGUUGGUUGGUCAGCCUAAAGGAGAGGAAAUGGCUGCCGCCGCCAUUCACAGGAUUGUCUCAACGGCUCGUGCCAGUGCAAAAAAAUUUCGGAAGGUGACCCUCACCGUUUCCCCUAAAGGGAUCAUCAUUACAGACACGGAGACCAACGAUCUUAUAGAGAACGUGUCUAUUUACAGAAUCUCCUACUGCACGGCUGAUAAAACUCAGGAUAAAGUCUUUGCCUACAUCUCACAGAGUGAGUUCAGUGAAACUCUGGAGUGCCAUGCCUUCCUCUGCCAAAAGAAGAAAAUUGCCCAGGCAGUCACACUUACAGUAGCACAGGCUUUUAAAGUUGCUUUGGACUUCUGGGAAAUUGCCCAAGAAGACAAAAGUAAGAAGGCUCGUAUAUGCUGCUCCUGUUCAGACAGCGAUGUUCAUGUGGAAUCAAAAUCUCACUCUGCUUCAGAGACUGAAAAAUCCCAGACUCUGAUGGAGCCCAAACUACAGAAGCCUUUCCUCUCCUCUUCCAUCUUUUCACUAUCCCCACGCAGCCAGCCUACCAGGAGACGACCAGUCAAGCAUGAUUCCUGGGACAUGGAAGAAGACAGCCUCAACCCAUACUCAAGGCAGCAGUAUGGGGGUGGAGGAGACGGAGACAGAGUCAGACUGGCAGAUUCCUGCUUCAGAGCAGUGUUUGAGGAUGCAGCUGUGAGCUCACUGGAGGAGAACUUCAUGUCUCUCAGCAGUCAAGAAAGAGACAGAUUAAACACACACACAAACACUGACAAAAAGAACACUAUCAUUAUCUACCAGUGUAAAAGGUUCGUCAUGCACUGUAAGCACAUAAUACCAAAUGACAGCAACAAGAAAACCCUGCAUAUUUAAUUAGCUAUUUUCUAGUGAAACUGAUCUAUUAAUUUGUGUUUUUACAGCAAAU